GUGACAUCAUGGGAACCUUAGCUAUAGGAGAAUUACUUUUAAUUCCUGUGCAUCAUAGAUCGAGACAUUCAUCUGGGGGUUUUUGAGAUGAAGACGGAGGAAGAAACGAUGGACACUAAUGAUCCUUUAAUGGAAAUAAAGACUGUAAUUGUUACAUCCCCUGAUGAUGGUUUAGAGGUGAAGUCAGAGGAAGAAGAACUGGACAUUGCCAAUCAUGUGACCACCAUAAAGACAGAAACAGAUACAUUUUCUAUCGAUAGUUUUUCAACAAAUCUAAAGGUGAAGUCAGAACCAGAAGAUCCGGAUACUGAGGAUCAUGUGACCACAAUAAGUCAUGUGACUGUUGAUGGUUUUUCACCGAAACUUGAGAUGAAGUCGGAACCAGAAGACCUGGAUACUGAGGAUCAUGUGACCACAAUAAGUCAUGUGACUGUUCCAUCCCCAGGUGAUGGAUUUUCAGCAAAUAAAGUAGUAAAGUCAGAACCAGAAAAGCUGAAUACUGCAGAUCAUGUGACCACAAUAAAUCAUGGGACUGUUGCAUCAGCAAUUUGUGAGAGCACAUUGAAUAUUAUACCCCCACACCAGAGAAGAGCACAAUUUAUACUGAUACCAGAGGGAUUUACAGUGUUUCGAGCUAAUAACUGUGGUCAACUUGUAGCUGUAUCCCAGAUGCCAUUGCAAGUUACUGUUGGAGAACAUACACCAUGCACACCAACUAAUAAAGGCUUAAAACAAAAAAAAGAUAUUUGCAAAAGGGAGAAAGUGUUCUCUUGUACUGAAUGUAGUAAAAGCUUUACAAGCAAGCGAGGUCUCCGAAGACACCAACAGCUUCAUACAGGGGAGCGGCUGUAUAAGUGUUCAAAGUGUGGAAAAUGUUUUACACAAAAGAGUAGCCUCACCUAUCAUGAAAGGAUUCACACAGGAGAGAAACCAUUCAUUUGUAUGGAUUGUGGAAAAAGCUUUGUAUGUAAUUCAGAUCUUCUAAAACACCAAAGGAUUCAUACAGGGGAGAAACCAUUUAUUUGUUUAGAGUGUGGGAAAUGUUUUACACACAAGAAUAGCCUCACAAAUCAUGAAAUUAUGCACAAAGGGGAGAAACCAUUCCCUUGUAUGAAUUGUAAAAAAAGUUUUGUAUGUAAAGCUGAACUUGUAAAACACCAAAUGAGUCAUACAGGGGAGAAACCAUUUGCAUGUACAGAAUGUGGGAAAUGUUUUCAACACAAGAGAAGCCUCAUAUCUCAUGAACUAAUGCACACUGGAGAGAAACCAUUCCCUUGUAUGUAUUGUGGAAAAGGUUUUGCACUUGAGUCAGUACUCUUAAAACAUGAAAGAAUGCAUACAGGGGAGAAACCAUUCACUUGUGUGGAUUGUAACAAAAGCUUUGCAUGGAAGUCAUGUCUCAUACAACACCAAAAGAUUCACACAGGGGAGAAACCAUACACAUGUUCAGUGUGUGACAAAUGUUUCACACAAAAGGGUAAUUUAACAGCUCAUGAAAUGACCCACAGAAGGAAGAAACGGAAAAAUGCAAAAUCUUUUAUAUGUACAGAAUGUGGAGAAAGCUUUAAAACUAUGUCAGUUCUCAAAAGACACCUAAAUAUAUGUACAGGAGAGAAGCCUGUACUAGGCACAUAGUGAGAUAAAUGUUUCUUAUUUAAGAAUAUGCAAAGGGGAAAACAUUUGCAUGUACUGAGUGCAUCAAAACCGUUGAGCCUAAUGUAAAUCUUUGAAAACCUAUAAAUAUUCACCCAUGUGUAAUGUCUUUAAAACAAUCAGAAAGUAGAACAUUUUGUUUUGGGAUUUUUGUCAUUUUUUUGCACACACAAAUAUUCACACAUCAUCAAAACUUUUCUUUUCAUAUAGGUGGUGAGAGUCCAUGAUCCAUUACUCCUGGGAAUUACCUUUCCUGACCACCAAACUCCAAGAGCCCUAUAAAAGCCCUCCCACCUCUAUAGUAACUAGUUUUGUCUUUGCUUCGGCAAAGAGGUAGGUGAAGAAUGAAGGUGCUCAAGAUGUGUUUUUGAGAAGGGUCUCAGAAUGAGUUGAGGACACAUUUUCCCCUCAGAGUGCUGCUGUUUGACAUAGGGAUUUGUUGGUGUAUUUGGUAGAGGCAACAUUACACCAUGUUGGGAGUUAGUCACAAGCCUGUCACAGUUGUCACAAGGACAUGUCCUGUUUCAUUUCCACUGCUCCUUUGUUACACCACUGGUUUGUCUUUCUACUAAAUUAUGUAUUGUCUUCCAGUAGUUGGGUGCCUGUGGGUAAGUACUCUUUUUAAAAAAAAAAAAUAUAUAUUAUUAUAAUGGCACUUAUUUUAGGCCUAUUAAAGUAUUUUUAUUUAUGUUACUAUGUACCCUAGGGACAAUAUAUAAUUAAUUGUAUUUAUGUGGCUCCUUUAAAUUUACAGGGCUGUAGUCCCCUUUAAAUUAUUAGUUCCUGUCAAGAGCGUGCACGUUUCUGCUUUAGUCAUUGAGUGUGCUAUCGUAUGUGAAGUGUACUUGUUUAUCCUAUGCACUAUUUUUUCUUUUUUUAAUGUCGGAUUAGCACUCUAAGACAUUGCUGUCUUUAUUUAAUUCAGCAUUUGUAGAGGAUACAUUUUUCCUUUGCUUCAAGAGCUCUUUUCUGGGGAAUAUAGCCUAAAUGUUUAAAAAAAUCUCUCAUUUCAGCGGUUGAGACAGUGGACGUCCCUUUAUUAAGAUAUUAUUUUGUCAUAGAACAUUUUAGGAGAGUAUAAACAUAGGACAUCUGGAGAGAUUUACAGGAAAAUUGGUAGAUUCAGAGAACUGCCACAACUUGACUAUCCCCUAGCUCAUAGCAUAUUUUAUUUGAAUACUGUUUUUUGACAACUGGUCAGACAUAAUAUUGCUCUUAACCAUAAAAGUCCUUUCCUGGGUAAACCCGGACAAACUUCCAAUUGGCGCAUUUUCCAGCUUCACACAUAGUAUCCUAGUGACUCAGGUUCCUCCACAAACUUUAGCAACAUCAUCCACUAUCCUAUCCCUCAGUAAUUCGACCAUUGCGCUACCCUACGGAGAUAUGAUGCUGGGCCUAUAUAUACAAAUGCUGGGUUAUAUAACCGAUUCAUACCUAGUCUUACAUGUAAACAAACAUUGUCUAUAUAUAAUGUUAGCACCCAGUCUUUUUAUUCCUUUAGGUCUCCUUAUUCCAUGGGUCCAUGUGUAGUUCUUAGUCUUAUAAAAGGGGGGAAUCACUCUCUGUGAGGAGUAUUUGUAUUAAUAAUAAAUUAAUAAGUUCUGUGUUUGCACUUAAUUCCUAUUCCACAAAAAUUAUAAAAAAAUUGAGGUUCACUGGAUGUGACCUAUAAGUGGUCACUUUUGUGUUAAGGUACCUUCUAUUAGAUUGGUUAUUUACUUUUUUUGUGAGUCCCAAAAGUAACCUCCUGCGUAUUAUAGAAGGUUUUGAUUAUAUAUAGCACAGUAUUACUAGGUUGGUUCUUCAAUUUUUUUCCUAUGCUCCACCCUUAUUAUAUUUAUGGUAAUAGGUUUAUAUUACAUUUUUUAUUAAUGUGGAGCAUGUUAACUAUAUACUAUUAUCAUGUAACUGCAUUUUUCUUUGUUUUAUGAUAAGUGCUUGAAUCAAACCUCAAUAAAAAAUAUUUAAAAAACAAAAA